CCCUGCGUUAGGAAACAGGCUUGUGUAAGUCAUAAUAAAUACAUGGUAACAGCUCGUGGUUUCAACAAAGCUUCGUCUCUCACCGCAGCCCGACAGGACCAGAGAGGAAGACCCGAGCAUGCUGCUGUCUUCAGUACGGACCGCCAUGUUCUGUGGCUGUAGAGGCGCCAGCAGAGGAUUCCAACCCAGCACUCGGAGUCCACAGCUACGACAAUGGCUGGUGAAGAGAAGUCAGAGCACCAUCGCAACACAAGCGGAGGCCGCCUCCAUCCAGGCGGCAGCUUCCGUCCCCAGCGCCGCCUCAAAUCGCAUCCUAGGUCGCUGGUUGCUCGGCUGCAGCGGGCUGGUUGUUGGGGCUGUGGUCUUGGGUGGUGUCACCAGGCUCACAGAAUCUGGGCUCUCCAUGGUCGACUGGCAUCUGGUGAGAGAGAUGAGGCCGCCUCAGUCCAAGGCAGAGUGGGAGGCUGAGUUUUCCAAGUACCAGCAGUAUCCUGAAUUCAAAAUAAUGAACCAUGACAUGACUCUUCCGGAGUUUAAGUUUAUCUUCUACAUGGAGUGGGGUCAUCGUAUGUGGGGCAGACUGGUCGGACUGGCCUACGUCCUUCCUACAAUCUACUUCUGGCGAAAAGGCUACUUUACCCGCUCCAUGAAGGGAAAAGUGCUGGGGCUUUGUGGAUUUGUCUUCUUCCAGGGCCUUCUGGGAUGGUACAUGGUGAAAAGUGGUUUGGAGGAAAAGCCAGAGUCUCAUGACAUCCCGCGGGUCAGCCAGUAUCGCCUGAGUGCUCACCUUGGUUCUGCUUUGCUACUCUACUGCGCCAGUCUGUGGACCGGGCUCACUCUGCUGCUGCCUGCACACAAGAUAGCAGAAACCAGACGUCUCACGCAGCUCAGGAGGUUCGCCAAGGGCACCGGUGGCCUUGUCUUCAUUACUGCUCUCUCAGGUGCUUUUGUUGCCGGUUUGGAUGCCGGGCUGGUGUACAACUCCUUCCCUAAGAUGGGAGAACGGUGGAUCCCUGAUGAUCUGCUAGCCUUCUCGCCCACCCUCAAGAACAUCUUUGAAAAUCCCACAACUGUGCAGUUUGACCACAGAAUUUUGGCGAUCUCCUCUUUGACUGCAAUUACAGGCCUCUAUAUGUUCUCAAGAAAGAUGAUGUUGCCCAAGAGGGCAAAGGUCGCCAUCAGCCUCCUUACGGCAAUGGCUUAUGCACAGGUUGCCCUCGGUAUCAGCACCCUGUUACUGUAUGUCCCCACCCCACUGGCAGCAACUCACCAGUCGGGCUCCGUGGCUCUCCUUUCGAUGGCCAUCUGGGUUCUGGCAGAGCUCCGCAAAUUACCAAAGUGAAGGCCUGCUCCUUUACUGACGAACCCAAUCCCCACGAGCCACAGCUCAAGCCUCUAAGAGUCAGCGUGACAUUGUGAACAAGGCCUUUCAUAACUCCUGGAAAAAAUAACUUAAAAACUGAGAUUUUGGGAUUUAAAAGAUUUUUUAUGCAUAUGCUGAACCAACAGUACUGUGUGGUGAGAAGUGGCUGUUACAUCAAAAGAUCAGUGUGAGGUGUUUGGUUUUGCAAGGAAUUACAAUAAGGCACGCUAAAGCAAAGACAAGCCAUUUCAAUCAGUUUCUGUUCAGCUUUAAUGACACAACAGGAUUUCCAGUUAUACGAUACACAUUUAAUUUUGCAGACUGAAUUAUUGUUUUUGUUCACAUACACAGUUUUAACAGGAAAGAAAAUCUUGUUUCAGCGUAAUUACUCACCUGUUGCCUUGUGUCUUCUCGUACACUGCCUGUUAGUUGAAUAAGAUGUGGCUGUUGGGAUUAUGUAAAAUUAUGUAUAUUUAAAUUAUGAACCAUUUCUUGCUGACAUUGUAUUGACAUGACAUGAAUUGUAAUGGUGAAACAAUAUGUGAACUUGAUUGCUUUCUACUGUAUAUUUAGACAUGUA